CCACCAUCCCUUCUUUGUACUCACGUGUCCUCCUUGCCCUCUUUUUGCCUCUCUAUUUCCCUCUACCCUCUACCUCUACCCAAGCCUCUGACUUCACCUGAUCUCUUCUUCCUCCUCUUCUGCUUCUUUUCUCUUCUGCUUCUUUCUUCUUCUUCUUCUUCUUCUUCUUCUUCUUCUUCUUCUUCUUCUUCUUCUUCUUCUUCUUCUUCUUCUUCUUCUUCUUCUUCUGCUUCUUCCCUCCACCUAGGUCUAAAUCUCUCUUUAUCUCUCUCCCUGACCCUUUGCGACCCCGAAACUCCACUGCCCUAUUCUGCUCUCUUUCACCUGCGCGUCCUCAGCUUCUCUACACCCUUCCACACACACCCAGCACCUCCAUUGCCUGUUUGUUUGUUGUUUAUUUCUAGUGUAAAGUGGGUUCUGAGCAUAUAGAUAGAUUCCGAAGGCCGAUUGUGUUUAAGACUUCCAAAGGGUUCAUUAACCGUUUAUCAGCACAAAACAUUAAAGGCUGCUCUCCAUCUUACUAAAUCACUCCCAGUCUCCAUUUCCCUCCAGAGCUCUGCGGAUCCUCCCCCCAGUGUUCCAAAAUACUCCACGCAAAAGUCCCAAAACUUUGCUCUAUCCCUUCAACAUAAAAGUGUUCAUGUUUAAGUGUUACACUAGUGUUGUGAAUUCAACAAUUCACAAGAGUUGAAAAAGCAUUCAUUUGUGAAGUAGAAUACCAGGAAAAAUCAUUAGAAUCCUCCCAUUUGACCUCCUGUGUUCUUGCCUGCCCUCCCUUGCUCUUUUUUUCCUUUAUCCCAGUGGUUCUCAACCUUUUUUGAACAAACACCCUGUUGUCAUCAUCAUAAGCCUGCCAACGCCCCCCUUGACCUUGUCAUAAGCCUUCCAAUGCCCCCUCUAGUAUUAAAAAAUGAAAUAAACUAAUGCACCCCAAUGGCAACUAAGCACCGUGCCUUCUCAGCUGUAUCCUCCUCAACGCAGUGUUGACAUGUUAUAGUUUUGACUGCAGAGUCCAAAGUUUUUCAUUUCCAGUCAAAUGGAAAAACAGUGUCCGUGCUUUGGACAGCAGGUUUUAUGGGGAGUGGGAAAGUAUACAGUAUGAUGAAAUAUAGUGAAAUUAGGCUACAAUUAAACCUUUAGAAAAAAUGUAGGCUAUAUAUGUGUAACAGACCCCUUGAGCAAUGAAAAUGUAAUUGAUUUUCAACAAAAUUAGCACUUUUAUGAGUGGGAUGGGGUUUUGCCAUACUUUCAAAGAAUCAGUCAAAAUGAUCAAUAUUGCUGACGGGCGUCCCAACAUGGGACUAAGGUCAGCCCAAACGUGUUUAGAUCAUUCCUGACUAAAAAGAGGGUGAUCACAGAGUCCAACUCACAUACACUGCUGCUGCUGCACCGACUGCCAUCAGUAUUGCUGCUACAGACACAAGUGACAGACGGUGUGUUAUUACUCUUAAAGUGACUUGGAAGAUGAGGGCUGCUAUCUCACUGCUGGUGCUGCUGCUCUCCAUGUGUGGAGUCCAGACAGAGAGCCACGGCACUGACGUUUCUACACAGAACGUCUCUGCUGAGCUGAGGGAACUCAGAGACAUGGUGAUGGUCCUUAGAUCAGAUAAUGUAGCAAUGAAGACGGAGGUGGACAAUCUGAAGAAGGAAAAUGCAGCACAAGAGGCAGAGCUGACAGCAUUGAAGACCAUACUGGCUGCCAAUCAGACAGAAGUGGAGAAUCUGGUGAAAGAGAUCAAAGCAGCACCUAAGGUGGCCUUCUCGGCCGGUCUGACUAACUCUGGAUACACAGAGGCUGGGAGUAGUGAACUGAACUUAGUGUUCAGCAACGUGAUCACGAAUGUAGGAGAGGCCUACAGCAGCACAACUGGCUUCUUCACAGCUCCAGUCAGGGGGGUCUACUACUUGAGGUUCACUGUUAGGGAUAAUCUCUCCUCACACUACAUGUUUAUCAUCAUGCAUAAGAAUGGAAAGCAGCUCAUGAAGCUGCAUGAGUAUGACACUGAUAGAGAGCCCUCCUAUCUGUCCAGUGGCCUGACUCUGCAGCUGGAGAAGGGAGAUACAGUAAACAUGGUGCUACCAGCAGGAAAGAGGAUCUAUGAUGAUGCUAGUAACUACAGCACCUUCAGUGGCUUCCUGCUCUUCCCUCUUUGAACGCCAGAAGAUCAGCAUGACAACUCACCACUCAUCUCUGAGAUUAUUGGAGAUUAUUGUUUGAACAUAUUAUUGCAGAUUAUUGUUAUUGUUUGAAAAACUAUACAUGUAAAUCAUUAUCAUGAUCACAUAAAGUUAUCUUAAACUGCACAUUUCUCAAGUUAUCAUCUUGAAGCUUCUUUAAUUGAGAAAGUAUCAAUGUAAAGUGUCAUGAUCAAAUAAAGUUAUUUUUAACUGCACA